UGUUUACCCCCGCUCUUUCUCCCGGUCUCCCUCUCUCCAGGUUCAGGCGUGCGGGGGGUCAGGUGGAGCAGCGCCGGGUCGAUAACCUCCAGGAUCUCAGCGGUAGUUUCGACAUCAUCGUAAACUGCUCUGGUCUGGGAUCGCGCUCGCUGGCCGGAGACGUCUCCGUGCAGCCGGUUCGAGGCCAGGUCCUGAAGAUGGAGGCCCCCUGGCUGCAGCACUUCAUCCGGGACGGGGACGGCCUCACGUACAUCUUCCCAGGGAUCCAGGGGGUCACUAUCGGAGGAACUCGGCAGGGGGGAGACUGGAACCUGCAGGUGGAUGACAACGACACUCUGGGCAUUUUGAAGCGCUGCAGCUCCCUGGAGCCCUCGCUGACACGAGCCCGAAUCCUGAGCUCCUGGGUGGGGCUGCGUCCCGACAGGAGGACCCCCCGCGUGGAGGUGGAGAGAGAGGUGGAGGUGAAGAAGGGGGGAAGGAGUGUUACUGUGGUGCAUAAUUACGGGCACGGGGGGGUCGGGGUCACCCUCGCCUGGGGGACGGCGAUGGAGGCGCUGGGGCUCGUGAAGAAGAGCCUCCAGGGAAAUAAAGCCAAGCUGUGAGGGGCUAGAGAGAAACUUAAUCCUGAUUUAUAGCCAAUAAUGUCCCUCGAAUAAACUUAGAGGGCCACGAAAUCUGCUGAUGACUAAAUCCUGCCUCUCGCUCUAAAAUAAACUAGUUAGUGUGAAACUAAAUCUGAUCAAAUCAAAAUCAAAUCAAAACUGAAAUCUUAUUUUCUUUUUUGAAAUGUCCCUCAUUAAAGCUUUGAAGAAGCCGGCACUUAGUUAAAGCCAGGGUGAAAACUUCCCUGAGCAAAACAUUGGAAAAAACUCACAUUUCUUAAAGCUCCCUGGAGCCCUCGCUGAAACGAGCCCGAAUCCUGAGCUCCUGGGUGGGGCUGCGUCCCGACAGGAGGACCCCCCGCGUGGAGGUGGAGGUGAAGGAGUGUUAUUGUGAUAACUAAAAGCUUUAAAAGACCCUUAGACCAAGCUUUGGAAGGAGGGUCCCCGGGUGGAGGUGGAGGUGAAGGGGUGUUAUUGUGAUAACUAAAAGCUUUAAAAGACCCUUAGAUCAAGCUUUGGAAGGAGGGUCCCCGGGUGGAGGCGGAGGUGAAGGAGUCUUACUGUGAUAACUAAAAGCUUUAAAAGCCCUUAGAUCAAGCUUUGGAAGGAGGGUCCCCGGGUGGAGGUGAUGCUGCUGCUUUUACUCACUCUAAAAUAAACCUGCUGAUAACUAACUUUUAACUAAAGUUAGUUUCUUGCUUAAUUAAUUGAAUCCAGAUUUGCCUGGCAACAACACUUAAAUAAACUUUGGAGGGGGGGCUACUGCUGAUGACUCACUUGUAACGAUAAAGAGAAACUUAAUCCCGAUUGCCUUCAAAUAAACUUAGAGGGAAACUAAAUAAAAUAAAUCAGCUGAUCACUAAAACCUGCUUCUCCAGCCGGUAACUCUCGCUCUUCAAUAAACUUAGUCUGCAAGGACUUGCCUUUAAAUGAAGUUAGGGUGAAACUCCAUCUGAGGUUCACUAACAGUAACACUCGCCUUUAAACUGUUGGAUUGAAAUCACUGAUAGACAACAAAUCAAAACUGAACUCUUUAAAACAUUUAAAAAAUGAACCUGAUUUAAAGUUGAGGAAGAGUCGACCCUUAGUUAAGGCUUGGAGAAAAAACUCACAUUCCUCAAAGCCUAGGAAAAAUGUGUUUAGAACGAAAAAAAUGUCUCGUACUGUAUUUAAGCUUUUUUUUUAAAUGACCCUCAUUUGAAGCUUUGAAGAAGCCGGCACUUAGUUAAGGCUUGGGAAAGAACUCCCCUUAUCUAAAAUUAGGAAAAACCAGCUCUUAGUUGAAGCUCGGAAUAAAACAACCUAAAUAUAAGCUUUAAGAAACUGCCUAAGGCUAAAUGUUGGAAAGAGCCGGCCCUUAGUUAAAGCAACUUAACUUAAGCUUUGAACAAAAGGAUCAACAUUUAAAAUACCUUUUAGUUUAAACUUGAAAAACCUGCCCUUAGUUUAAGCUUGAAAAACCUGCCCUUAGUUUAAACUUGAAAAACCUGCCCUUAGUUUAAGCUUGAAAAACCUGCCCUUAGUUUAAGCUUGAAAAACCUGCCCUUAGUUUAAACUUGAAAAACCUGCCCUUAGUUUAAACUUGAAAAACCUGCCCUUAGUUUAAACUUGAAAAACCUGCCCUUAGUUUAAGCUUGAAAAACCUGCC